AUGAUGGACAGUGACAAAACGACGACAGCUGCUAGUUGUGAACCGGCGGCAGUGGCCAUGAGUGAUACAGCUGAGCAACUCGAACACAUGAGUAGGAUUCUGGAAGAUGUUCUAUUGAUCUGGCUCGAUGCUAAUUUGAAUCAAUCGAAAGAUGAUUGUAAAAAUUCAAUGAAACAUCUGCAACGAAUUGUAGCAACAAUAAGAACAUUCACAGAUACUGACCAAUGUGUUAAUUUUCUCACUGAGAUUGAAGACGAAAAAGUAUUCAUGGUAGUUUCCGGUGCGUUGGGACCACAUAUAGUACCACAAAUUCAAGCAUGUUCACAACUUCACUCCAUAUACAUAUUCUCCGAGAACCAAACGAUUUAUGAAGAAUGGGCGAAAUCAAUAGCAAAAGUAAAAGGCGUUUAUAGUCAAAUAGAACCGCUCUGCGAAGCAUUGAAAAUCGAUCGUAAAAAUUGUGAUCGUGGUAUGAUCUCGGUCAGUUUUAAUAGGAUCGAUCCGUUGUUUAUGUAUACCCAAUUACUGAAAGAGGCAUUUUUGGAAAUUGAUGAUGACAGCGAGAAAUCCGUCAAAGAACUCGCUAAUUAUUGUCGUGCUCAUGGUCAUAUCACGGGAGGUCAUAUUGAUAAGUUUGAGAAAGAAUAUAGUCUUCAUACACCCAUUUGGUGGUAUACAGCUCCCUACUUUGUUUUUUCAAUGAUUAAUCGCGGUCUUCGAUUAAUGGAUGUGGAUAUUAUACUUAAAAUGGGAUUCUUUAUUCGGCAGCUACAUCGCCAUAAGUGUUGUUCGAAAACCAUGCAAACGUGCUGCAUAUAUAUGUAA